CAGGCGUCCACCUGGAUCCUCCCCUCCCCCGCCCCGACCGAUCGAGCAGAGGAAGCAGCCAAGCGCGCAAGCCAAACCAAAGCCCCCCCGCCCUGAUCCCCUCACUCCCCAACCCUCCGUCGCCGCAGCCGGAGCCGGAGCCGCAGGUCCGCCCUAUCUCCAGCCGCUCGUGCCCCUCCCCCUCUUCCUCGGAUCCGGCCGUGCUGCUCUCCCUUCCUUUUGGGGGCUGCCUCUGCCCGGUGUGUGAGCCCGAGCCCGACCCGUUGGCGGGGGUCCGUCUGCGGCCUCCCGAUGGCGGGGCUCGAGGAGCUGAAGAAGAAGCUGCAGCCCCUGCUGUUCGACGACCCGGACAAGGGCGGCGUCAGUAGCAGGGUGCCUCUCCCGGAGGACACCUGCGACUCCUACGUGGUUUCUGAUGGUGGAACUGUGAAUUUGUUGAGUAGAUCAUUGGGUGAGUAUAACAUCAAUGAGCAUGGCUUUCAUAAACGAAGCACUGGGCCAGAGGAGUCAGAUUCUGGUGAAAAGGCAUACCGAUGUGCCUCUCAUGAUAUGCACAUAUUUGGCCCCAUUGGUAAUGGUGCAAGCAGUGUUGUGCAGAGAGCUGUUUUUAUACCAGUUCAUCGAAUUUUGGCCUUGAAGAAGAUAAAUAUAUUUGAGAAGGAGAAGAGACAACAAAUUCUGAAUGAGAUGAGAACAUUAUGUGAAGCAUGUUGUUAUAUUGGUUUAGUUGAAUUCCAGGGUGCAUUCUACAUGCCUGAUUCUGGACAAAUAAGCAUCGCCCUUGAAUACAUGGAUGGUGGGUCCUUAGCUAAUGUUAUAAAGAUUAAGAAAUCAAUACCAGAACCAGUUCUUGCACAUAUGCUGCAGAAAGUAUUGCUCGGUUUGCGCUACUUGCAUGAAGUAAGACAUCUAGUGCAUAGAGAUAUAAAGCCAGCAAAUUUGCUGGUAAAUCUCAAGGGUGAGGCAAAGAUAACAGAUUUUGGAGUGAGUGCUGGUUUGGAUAAUACGAUGGCCAUGUGUGCUACCUUUGUAGGCACAGUCACAUAUAUGUCACCUGAGAGAAUUCGUAACGAGAACUACUCUUAUGCUGCUGAUAUUUGGAGUCUUGGACUAGCAAUAUUGGAGUGUGCUACUGGUAAAUUUCCAUAUAAUGUGAAUGAAGGCCCAGCCAACCUCAUGCUGCAGAUUCUGGAUGAUCCAUCACCAACACCACCAAAAGAUUCUUAUUCAUCUGAGUUUUGUUCGUUCAUCAAUGACUGCUUGCAAAAAGACGCUGAUGCAAGGCCUUCGUGUGAGCAGCUUUUGUCACACCCAUUCAUCAAGAGGUAUGAAAACACUACCGUGGACUUGGUAGCUUAUGUCAAAAGUAUUGUUGAUCCAACAGAAAGAUUAAAGCAAAUAGCAGAGAGAAGCAUGUGGGAAUUUUGGUGGUUGGGAAUAAAGAUGCUUGCCGUACAUUACUACCUCCUCUUUAACGGCACUGAUGGGAUUUGGCAUUAUAUGAAGACAUUCUACAUGGAAGAAUCAACUUUCAGUUUCUCAGGGAAUGUGUAUGUUGGCCAAAGUGACAUAUUUGAUACUUUAUCAAAUAUACGAAAGAAGUUAAAAGGUGAUUGUCCUCGAGAGAAAAUUGUUCAUGUUGUUGAGAAGCUACACUGUCGUGCUCACGGAGAAACAGGAAUAGCUAUACGUGUGUCUGGAUCGUUCAUUGUGGGAAACCAAUUUCUAAUAUGUGGUGAAGGGUUGCAAGCUGAAGGGAUGCCAAGCUUGGAGGAACUCUCCAUCGAUAUUCCAAGCAAGCGGGUAGGUCAGUUCCGUGAGCAAUUUAUCAUGGAACCAGGAAGUUCCAUGGGAUGCUACUACAUAUUAAGGCAAGAUCUAUACAUCAUCCAAGCCUGAAAACAUGUAUAAUUUGUAAGGGAUUGCUUUGUUUGCAGUUAAAUCCUAUUUAUGCUGUCAUGGUGCCACGGUGGGAUUCAGAUGGUUCAGGAUUGUUGAAAGUUGCUGAUGAAGACUAUACAAUCCACGUCUCAAGACACUUAACUUUCUCUAAGUAAUAUCGUGAAGUCUUCUGGCUUCAUCAUUUUAUGACUUCUUGCUACGAGAAAAUUUGUAAUGCAAAACAUUUCCUAUUGUUGUCUGUAGGGAAAUUAAGACAUCAAAUAUAUAUAUAUUUUGCAUAGGUCUGUCCUGUGGGGAAAUUGUCUUGUUUCUAUUGACCCACUAUCGGGAAGUUGGGGUAGUCUCUCUGUUGUAGAUUAGAAUAUUCUUAUAUGUUAUGCUAAGUGUAAAAUAAUUCAAUGUAGGGCUGACAUGCUGGUGUGUGGGGUCUCAACCCAGAUUACAAUGAGCAUAUUAUGGUCAUGUUGAGAAAAAUAAGGAAUUGCUGUAGCGCAUGCUUUUUUUCA